CAGCCCAUGACCGCAGUCACUUACAGGCUGAGCUGUCAGGCACACAGCGGGUGUCCACACGUGUGUUGUGUAGGUGUGAAGAAGGGUCCCUGGGAAGGAGGAGCGGAAAGGAAUCAUGACAUGAGGAGGCCAGACUCCGAAGAGCAAGGCUGGAGAGGCCACCAAAGUGGCAAUUGAGGUUGGUUUCCGUCACAUCGACUCAGCGUACUUGUAUCAAAAUGAGGAGGAGGUUGGAGCCGCCAUUCGAGAGAAGAUUGCUGAUGGUUCCGUGAAGAGAGAGGACAUAUUUUACACCACCAAGUGAGUACUAUACUGCCUUCUAAACUGUGGGGACACGUUUCUAAAACACAGAAGAGUCUCACCCUGCUCUGAAGUGACUUAAAGGGGAAAGCGGUUCCUCCACGUCCCUGAAACAGACGUCACUUAGACGUGUGACCAGAACGAUAACCCUUCUCUCUGGAGCUGCCGUGCAGACCAGCCAGGGCACUGCGAGUCUGCUCGUUAGUUCCUCAGCAGCUUCUCUCAGGACGUGUCCAGUGGGGUGAGAUGCUACACACAGAAGGGAGCCGCCUAGCAAACUCGGCUUUUCCUAAUUCAGCACUGAGUCUCCUGGACUUUCUGAAGUUUUCUGGGUACAAGUCCCUGGCUCCAGUGUAAAGACGCUGGGGGUUCUGCAGGGGAACCCUGUGCAGGCUGAUGCUGAUGACAAUGGUUUGGAGGCUGUGAAUCUCAGCAGAACUGUUGCAGGAGUUGGUUAUUCAGGCAGAAGACCCCGUCUGCAUCUUGCUGUGCCAGGACCCCUUUCAGAGGACCCCUCUGGCCCUGCUGCAGCGAGCGAGCUGCUUCCUCUUGCCCCCUCUGAGUUUUCUCCUCAGAUCUCUCACGCCGCCUCACUCAGUUUUUGCUUGGAGGAUCUGUCCAGUACCACCAAUGGGUGUUAAAAUUCCAGCCAUUACAGUGUGGGAAGAUAUCAUAUUGUUCAGUUGGAUUGAUAGGUUGUCCCUGAGAGCCCGCUCCUCACUGAUGUAGUGCCACCAGUGCUCUAACAAGGGCAGAGAAGAGGUGAGUCCACAGCCCCAGGCAGUGUCUCCAGGGGGACAAGAUUCAGUAGGCAGUACUGGCCCAGAGUUGUAGCAAGUGGCUCUGCCUGUGCUGGCUCUGCCCACCAAAUCAAGCUCACAAGGCUGCCCAGCUGACAGCGCUGGCCCAGAGUUCAGGAGAGAUGCUUAUGUGCUGGGCACCAUCCCCCCAGUUGAGUGCUGAGGGCUGCAGCUCUGUGGACAGCGAAGGCACAGAGCUCAGACAGAGUCGCUCAGACACUGGGCACUGCCUGCCCAGUCAAGCUCAGGGGGCUGCCACUGAGCGGGGGGCACAGGUCUUAAUUUCAUAUGAGAGUGACUCGGGCACUGGGCACAGCCCACCCUAUUGGGCUGAGGGAGCCUCCAGCCAGUGGAGAAUGCUAAUCCAAAGUCCAGUACAAAGUUGCUUAAACCUUGGCCCCACCCACCCAGUAGAGCUCAGGGAGCCCUGCCUGGUGGAGGCCAGAGGUCCAAAGUUCAGCCCAAAGUCACUUAGAUACCUGUCUGCCCAUCCAAUCCAGCUCAGAGAGCCGUGCCUGGCAGAGGGGCCAGGUCCAAAGUAGAGACACAAGUCAAAGUUGUUUAAACACUAGCCCUGCCCACCAGUGGAGUGCAGAGGUUGUCCUGAAGGGCAGAAAACAGAGCUGCCUGAGAAUUCUGAGGAUCUGGAGAUGGGUAGUUCAACCUCUCCCCACAAAGCUUAGCCUGCCCUGCUACUGUUCUCAUGCUGCAGCUUGGAGGCUGCUGGCAGACUUUCCCAGCUUCCCAGUGAGCUGGUCAAACACUCUGGAUUCUCUAGGGGCAGGCCUUCUGGAAAGUAGGCUGGGGGAAGGGAGAUCUGGAUGUUCAGGAUUGCAGGAAAAAUAUUUGAUCUCCUGUGCAGACCAAAUGGGGCCCAGUCUCAGUGGUGGGACCUCAGUAAUGAAGGGGGACUGGGACUUAACAACUGCUCUCCUGUGGGAUAUGAUCAGGAGACUUUUGAAUGCAGUUCACUGGGUAACUGGUCACCCACCAUGGAGCUCCCGUCUGCGGGGAGGGGAGCCGGGCUCGUACUGUUGUUUUCCUUCCGCUUUCUUGUUUCUGCUGCUUGGUUCAGCCGGGUGGCGUGUUCCUCACACUGUCCUCUCAGUGCGGAGCUCCUCUCAUUUGGCUUCCAACCACUUUAGUCCAAUUAUCUCUCCCUUUGGGCACGAGCCUCUGGGGAAAGCUGCUUCUAGACAGCCAUCCUCCCACAAUUCCUCACCCUGAGUCUUUGUGGUCACUGCAGGUUUGGGGCAUGUUCUUUCGACCAGAAUUGGUGCGACCAGCCCUGGCAAGGUCUCUGCAGAAACUUGGACUGGCCCACGUGGAUCUCUUCCUCAUGCACGUGCCGUUUGCUUUCAAGCCAGGGGAGGAGCUGCUGCCAAAGGACGCCGACGGGAAGGUGAUGGUGGAGACAGUGGACAUUCGGGACACGUGGGAGGCCCUGGAGCAGUGUAAAGACUUGGGUUUAACCAAGUCCAUCGGGGUGUCCAAUUUCAACCACAAGCAGCUGCAAAUGAUCCUGGACAAGCCGGGGCUCAAGUACAAGCCCACCUGCAACCAGGUGGAAUGUCACCUCUACCUCAACCAGAGCAAACUCCUGCAGUUCUGCCAGUCCAAGGACAUCGUCCUAGUCGCCUACAGGGCCCUGGGGUCCCACAGAGACCCAAAGUGGGUGGACAGUGACAGCCCACAUCUCUUGGAGGAGCCGGUCUUGAAGGCCAUUGCCAAGAAGCACCAUCGGAGCCCAGGCCAGGUGGCCCUGCGCUACCACCUGCAGCGGGGUGUGGUGGUCUUGGCCAAGAGCUUCAAUGAGCAGAGAAUCAAAGAGAACUUCCAGGUUUUUGACUUUGAGCUGACUCCUGAGGACAUGAAGGCCCUGGACAGCCUCAACAGAAAUUUCCACUAUAGUACAUUCCAAUUCGUCCAGCACACUUGGACUGGGCGUGGCGUCCUCUCCAGAACACUCCCGGCUCCUCCACUUGCUCCUCCAUGGCCCCCUUCACCCACCAUCGCUCCCACUUCUGAGCUGUGUGAUGUCACCAAGCUGAACUGCAAACUGUCAUGACGUCUACUGACCCUCCAGUGGUAGAGACUGAUGGGUCUCCAGUGGCUUUACCAGGAUGAGAGCUGCUGGGCUUUCUCUGACCUUGAGGUCAAGGCUGUUACGGAAGUGCCAUCUUAGUCCAUGAGAAGCCCAGCUCUGGAGUGCCCCACGGCCCUUGACUGUGGUUUAUUCACACACGGGAUAUUGUGGGAUCUCUGGGCUCAGGGGAAAGGAGAGUCCUCAGGCAGGGAGCAGAUUUACUAAGAAGCAUCAAAAUUUACUCAUGAGAACAAAGAUUUCAGAAAGCUCUUCAGGGUCCCUCUCCUUUUUGGAAAAGAACCGCAGGACCGUGACCCAGACAUCUGAGUGAGAAUAAUGUGGGAAGCACCUUCCCGUACCCGAGCUUCUCAGUGCCAGGCUGUGAUCAGCCUCGUGAGACCAUGAGGCCUCGUCUCACUCACCUGUGUGGCCACGUGGGUGACAUGGCUCCUGGCGCACACCACUGCCGAGAAGGGACCCUUCAGUGAUGUUCGAUUGCAAAGGACUAAUGGUAAAACAGAGAAAAAAAACAUGGAAGAAAAAAGAAAAACAAGAAUAAUACUCAUUACUGAAUAUAAGCAUUCUUAUAAAUUUUAAUUAAGAAAACAGUCCGGCACUGUGCAGGUGUGGUUAUCAGAGAUGCAGGGAGCUUUCCUGUGCGUCCAGGGUACAGGUAGUUACAAGGUUGUGUAAUAAACUCAAAUCUCAACCCAUCUUGGCCGAACCUUCAGAGAAAUCUGUUCUUUGACAGUGUGAAGCAAGAGUUAAUGAAUAUCUUUCCUUCUC